AUGUACCACUACCGCCAAGCAGACGACGCCAACGUAAGACCGUUGACGGACGAGGAUCACCGCCAGCUCCUCCUCCUCGUUCAGCGCUAUGGCGUUCCCAGCCUCCUCUGCGCCCUCACCGGUUCACCCGACUCCUCGGGAGCCUCGACCUUCUCGACUGCCACCCUUCUCAGCAAUCCCAGCGCUCCGUCGCUGGCCUGGACAAGCUCGGAGGCGUCCCAGUGCCGAUCCGACGGCGGCUCCAUUCACACCCGGUGCACUUGGCCCGAGCCCGCGGCGGAGUGGAAGGCCGCCCGUCACGAUCCGGAGACGACCAAGAUGGCCGGACGCUCGUGGCUCGACUCGCCGGGGCCGGUUCCCUCUCCGCUGCCGCUGCCCCUCCCGCUGACCCUCGGCGACGUCACCUCGCGCCCAUCUCCGCGGCUUGUGGCGCCGACGACGAAGAAGUACCAGUGCCCCAUGUGCUUUCUCGACGCGAACCCCGUCGGAUUCGGUCGCAAGAGCGACUUCAAGAAGCACCUGCACAACUUCCACGGUUCCGACGUCGUCUGGAUCUGCCGCACCAAGGGCUGUCAACUUUCCUUCUCCACCGAGAGAUCGUACAGCACGCACGCCAAGGAGGCUCACAGGAUGCGCGCCCUGCCCAACAGCGUUGCCCGCACGGAGCUGUGUGCCCAGGUCGUCUUCGCCUGCGGCUUCGACGCCUGCAGAGAACGGCUGUUCGAGGCCCACGCUGCCGACGACGCCGCCGCCACCCGGGACAAGCUCUUUGAGCACAUUGCCAAGCACUUCGAGGACGGCCUCGACGUCCGGCGUUGGGAGUACAACGUGCUCGUCCAGAAUCUGAUGCGCCAGACGCAGGUCAAGCACACCUGGAAGACGUGCAUCUGGCCCAAGGAGAAGAGACAGCAGCUGUCGUGGUGCCCGCGGUCGUCCGGGGACUUGAGGCGCAUGCUCAAGUGCCGCCACCUCGGCAACGACAACUCGACGCUCGUUCGACUCGCCUACAUCCUCGGCACCGCACCCUUUACGGCGCCGUCGACGCCGCCGCCGCGCGAGAUUGACGUGUACUUCCAGCUGCCCUACCGGAGCCUCUGCCUGAUUGACACGGCUGGGCAUUCCGCGACGAGCGCGAGCUCCCCCAAGGUCGAGGAUGACGGCGCCUCAACAUUUACCCUCACAAAGCGACGAUCGAGCCGAUCGAGCCUGACUCAAUCCGUGUUCAGGCUGCCGAGCCGACAGGGGAAACGUGCGUCCAGGCCGCCCACGCCGACGGCAGCACCGGGGCCAACGGCGGCGCCGGCGCCAACGCAGGCGAGUGUCGUGGCCGGCGCCAACGGCGGACCUGGCAUCGCCACUUCCCUCCACGGGAUGAGCACCGUCGACAGUGGCGAUACCGUCAUGGCCGAUGAGCCGUCGUCCGGGCCGCACCCAGGUACGCCGUUCCCGAUCCCGAACGAGACGGCGUGGCCGACCGACGCGCCCAAGCUUGCGCCGGAAACGCCCCACGGGGUGCCGAAGCAGUGGGACGCGACUCCGUCCGGGGACGCGACCCUCGUGUACGCGAUGCAUAAUGCCCUGCUCAUGGAGCAGAAUCCGCACCAGUCUUGGUGCCCGACCGAUUCCCUCUACUCCUAUUCUCCGCAAGCCGGCAUGUCACCGGCCAUCUACGACUACGCCAUCAACCCGAGUCAGCUGCCGACGGUCCGGCCUGCAACGCCCGUACCGCACAAGCGACCAGCCUCGUGGGGACGGGUGAUGAGCAUGGAGAGUGCGCGGCCGGUCAAGAAGGCCGCGGCAUGCCCACCCGAGAUGCUGCACACGACAGUGCUGGGAACGUAA